AUAUGUGGCAUUAUUUCCACACAAAACAAUAACCUUUCCAUCCCCAUAAUUGUUUCAAGAAUCCAAAACCAAAGAACAAUGGCCACCACUCAAAACUCUCAACCAGCUCUCCCUUUACACCUUUGUUUCUUCCUACUUACCCUUCUAAUAUUCCUUGGUUUUUCAUGGUACUCAAACUAUGAACCAAUCAUGGAAAGCAUAAUGGAUCAAGUGAAGAUGGUUCUAAUGAUUUCACCACUUCUUCUUCUACUUGUUGUUCACUUUCUUUCUAACUAUGGAGAUGGAGGUUUCUUUUCUUCUUUGAUUCCUUUGCCUGAGAGAGAGUCACUUCAUAGAGCUGGUGGAACUCCUUGGGGUGUUGGUUUGUUUCUUGUUGUUCUUCUUUUCAUGGUUUCGUACCAAUCUUCCUUUCAAGAACGUUGGUUUCCUCUACUCAGCAGGUGAAGUAAUUAAGGAGUGAUAUGAAACUUUGUUUGUAAUUAGUUACUUUAAGCAAGUGAGUUCUCUAUGUUUUUUUGUGAUAUGAGAUUUGGCUUGUUUUAAUGUUUUCAUCUUUUUUAGUUUUAUUAAUUUUUUUGUUUUUGUUUUUCGAUCUAAUGUGUAUCUAUAAGGACUUGGUGAAUCUAACCUGAUACUUUGUAUUAUGAUAUAUUUAGUAACAUAACUAGAAGUUUCGAUAUUGGUUUAUCAAUAUUGACAAUA